AUGAUGAUAAAAAUUUUCCUACUUAUUUUAGCCUUCAAUUUUGGUUUAGCAACUGAUGAAUUAGAGUGCGUUGGGUACUCACUGGAUUCCAACAUAAGGGAUACAAGAAUAAGAAGUCUAAAAAAAAUAAAUUUGUUGGUAGUUAAGGUUUCUGACCCGAAAAAGUACGUUUUGGGAACAGUAAAAAUAGGAAACCUUGUUGAAGAUGGAGAUUGUAAAUACAAGUCAAGGCACGUUGUUGUUGAUACCUCAAAGCCUCAAAAAAUCGUCAGGGUGUUAACAGAAUAUGGGACCGAAACCAAAGUUUCAGAAUAUGUGGAAGUAUCUCCAAAAACUUACCGUGUUCUAGAGAAGACUUCCUUUGAUUUAGACUUAAACGAUGAGUAUCUGCAUGAAAAUGUGCACAGCUAUUUUGACCCAAACCAUGAUGUUAGAGUUAUAAAGGCAAAAGACGAAUUACAUGACCAUAAAAUAGGACGGGUUACCAUUAACGGCCACGUUAUUGAUGAUAUACCAGAAAGUCUUGAAAGGAUAGUAUAUAUUUGGGACUCAGAAGAAGGAACCAGACACCUCAAAAUCGAUACACAUUUAAAAGAUAAUAGAAUAGUUUCAAGCAAGUUUGAAGAGGAUUCUCCAGGAUCAGGAAAUUUCAUAAAGAAAAAAACCUGUGGAAGUAUACUAAAUCCCUACGGUUGUUGGGACGAAUUCCUUGACUGGAAAAAUGGAGCAUCUCUUUGA